GUUCUUUCCAACAUGAACCGCUCCAUACUCUUCUCUGUGUCACUCUUUGUUUGGUAGCUGAAGCUUUAGUUAAGAUGUUGUUUACUUCGUCAUGGUUUAUGGACAUAUUGCUAGCACUGAGUUUUGUCUGCUUUCUAGUCUACAAAUAUCUGACACGACACUUUGAUUAUUGGAAAAAGAGAAAUGUUCAACAUCCACCUCCUAUUCCUUUAUUCGGAAAUAUGUACAAUGUGCUGGCAAUGAAAUCAGUUACUCCAGAGUAUAUACAAAGCAUAUGGAACGAAAUAGAUGCACCCUAUUUUGGAAUGUUUAUGUUUGAUGAGCCAGUAUUAGUUUUAAAAUCUCCUAAAUUGAUUAAAGAUGUUCUAAUAAAACAUUCGUCCACUUUUUACAAUAGAAGGAUUGCUAUACCUGCGCAUCCAGAUAUGGCACGUGGACUGUUUUUCUUAAAAGACGAGCAGUGGAAAACCAUGAGGAACACAAUUUCACCCCUUUUUACAUCCGGUAUGAUAAAACAAUUAGAACCUCAUUUUAUCGAGACCAAUAGAAUACUGUCUGAGUUUCUUAUUAAAAAUAGUGGAGUUUUUGAUACUUCAAAAAUUGCAAGGAAUUUGACCAGUGAGUUUCUGAUUCGAAGCUUCUUUAAUGUCGAAGCAAAAUCUUUUGAAGACCAACCAUCCGUCAUUAUGGAACAGAUUGACAAGAUAUUCAAGUAUUCCUUACGGAAUGUUUUAGUUCAGAAUUCAUUUUUCUUUAAACCCGGCUUGAUCUCUGCUUUUAAAUUAAAUUUCAUUCCAGAGUCUGUGAUUAUGUUUUUUGAAGGUAUCUUUAAGAAUUCGAUGAUGGCUAGAGAGAGUUAUAUUGGUAAGCCACAAAACCUAGUUGAUAUAGCAAACAAAUCUUUAAGGGAUAAUCCAAAUGGUGGAUAUACAUCAGAUGUUGAAGUGUUUGUGUCCAAUGCCCUACUCUUCUUAAUAGCCGGACAGGAUACUACAAGUACAACAGUAAAAUUCAGUUUAUACGAACUUGCUAUGAACCAGAAAAUACAAAAUAAAUUAAGAAAUGAGGUUAGGGCUAACGUUCAAAAAUAUGGAUCGCUUACAUUUGAAGGAGUACAAGAAAAUAAAUAUUUAGGAAUGUGUAUUGAUGAAACAUUGCGAAAAUAUCCCGCGUUGCCAUUUAUUGACCGAUCGGCUAGGACUGAUUUCCAAUUUGAAGGUACAGAUCUGAUAGUGGAGAAGAAUAUGUCAGUACUCAUUCCCUCCUUUUCUCUACAGAGAGAUGAAAACUUGUUCAGUAAUCCUGAACUGUUUGACCCUGAACGAUUUUCAGAUGACAGCAUUAAUUCAGAUGGACUCAGUUUUAUACCAUUUGGAGAAGGACCAAAAUAUUGUAUAGGUAAACGACUCGGAAUUUUGAUAGUGUCUAUGGUUUUAUCACAUAUAGUUUUAAAUUUCAAACUAGAAAAAUGUACUGAAACUCCAGAGAAGAUCGAAUUUGAACCAAGAAGUUUUGUGCUCUCCUCUAAAGUUGGUCUUCCAAUAAUGAUAACACCUAUAAAGGAUGAGAUGGUUGCUUAAAUUUUUUUGGUUACUAACUCAUCCGAAUAAACUCGAAAUGUAGAAGAAGAAAUUGUAGAUAUUUUUUAAGAGUUAAAAACACACGGGAAGUAAAUUGGAGUAACCUUUUACUAAAUCACUUUUGUUGAAUAUUUUAUUACACAUAUUACGAUUUAUAUCUUGAUUUUUAUUCAGAGAAAUAAAGUUAUAUUGAAGCAA